GGAAAUUACAAAUAAUUUUUUAAGUGCAUUAUUUUAGUGAUUCUUGAUAAAAAGGGAAAAAGGAACCAUGCAUAUGUACGUUGUGUUAUAAUUUAUUAGUAUAGCAUCAUUAAUUAUUUUGUGCCUAUAGUUUAAAACCAACCCCAAAAUCAUGCAUCCAGUGAAAACUCCAUUUGCAUCAAAGGUUCCAUUGUAAGUUAGGCAGCUUCUAAGAAAGGUUCCUGUUCCACCACCACAUAUCCGGCCGGCAGCAUUUUUCAUGAAUUUUCCGGUGAAUCGGAAUCACUGUAUUUUUUUUCCAAGUGGAAAGAAAGAGCAUAUGUUAGGAUAAAAAUGGCAUAGAGGAUAUUACAGAAUGUGCUGUUGGGAAUCGCACAUCAAUCAAAUUGGUUUUUUUUGCCCCUCCCACAAUAUAUAUAUAAAGUGAUCAUUUUGCCUCAAUUCGAAAUACUCACUCUUCACUAGCUACAUACUCUUCUUUGUCGCACAUUUCAUUUUUGGAGAACACACCAUUUUUUUUAUUUUUUAUUUUCCCUUUUUUCUCCUGAAAAUCAAAACUGUGUCAAAGAUAUGGUGAAGUUCUCCAAGCAAUUUGAAGGGCAGCUUGUUCCAGAAUGGAAAGAAGCCUUUGUGGAUUAUUGGCAGCUCAAGAAAGAAAUAAAGAGGAUUCAUCUUCUCAUGAAUUCUGAUAACAAAACAUUACAUUUCUCCAACAUCUUCUCUUCUUCUUUAAGGACAUUCUCUCUUCUUGGAAAUCAACAAAGAGAGCACAAAGUCAUUCAUGUAACUCAUUCUCCUCUCCCAUCCUUUUUGCAUUUCUGUUUUUCUUGAUUCGCGUUCUCGCGUAUCGCGUGGCGUAAACAAAAAAAAAAAAAAAAAAAAACUGAAAACAGUGAAAGGCAAUUCACAUUUUUUGUUGAACUACUUUCAGCUCACAUGGAAAAUGUGACAUUUCUUUACAUUUAACAGAAGAAUAGGCUUUAACGCAUGAUUUACUGAUUUUUUUUUAAUUUUUUUUUCCAUUUGAUGAUGAUGAUGAUGAUCAGGUUCACCGAAAACUUGAAUCAUCAGAUAGCAAAGGAGACUUGUAUGAGACAGAACUGCUGGAGAAAUUUGCUGACAAUACUGAUGCGGCGAAAGAGUUUUUCGCGCUUCUAGACCUUCAACUUAACAAAGUUAACCAAUUUUACAAGAAAAAAGAGGCAGAGUUUCUUGACAGAGGUGAUUCACUGAAGAAACAAAUGCAGAUCCUAAUAGAGCUCAAAGCAGCCCUCAGGCAACAACAUGCAAAAGGGUCAGCUCCUAAAGAGGACGAAUCCAUCUCAGGGACCAUUUCAUGUGAUGAAGAAUCCAACAGAGACAUGGCAGAGCAUGAGCAGGGGCAGCAGGGCAACAGCCAGGAUGAACCUGAUCAAAAAGAUGUACAAUAUGAUGAUUCUGCGAAACCAAACGAAUUGAGCAAAUCGACGAGUUCUAAAAGACAGGAUGGAAAACUUAAGAGUCUUUCCAAUCACUUCAUCAACUGUCAAGGGAAAAACUUAAGAAUUCACAUCCCUCUAACAAAUCCAACUCGAACCUUUUCAGCGGUAACUUACCUGCUAUGGGAUGAUUUAGUUAAUCAGACUUCCAAGAAAUGUGGUGGCGAAAGGAGAUUACACAUAAACAAAACAAAGCUACAUCAUGCUGAGAAAAUGAUCAGAGGAGCACUCAUUGAGAUUUACAAAGGGUUGGACUAUCUCCAAACUUAUAGGAACCUUAACAUGCUCGCGUUUGCAAAGAUUUUGAAGAAAUUUGAUAAAGUGACCAACCAACAAGUUCUUCCCAUUUAUUUAAGAGUUGUCGAAAGCUCGUACUUCAACAGCUCAGACAAGAUACUGAAGUUAACUGAUGAAGUUGAAGAAAUCUUUGUCAAACAUUUUGCUGAAGAUGAUAGAAGAAAGGCCAUGAAGUACCUCAAACCAACACAGCGAAAAGAAUCGCAUGCUGUCACCUUUUUCAUUGGAUUAUUUCUUGGGUGUUUUGUGGCUCUUUUGAUUGGAUAUGUCAUCAUGGCUCAUAUUACUGGAAUGUAUAGACCUCAGUCAAAUACAAUUUACAUGGAAACUGUCUACCCUGUGCUAAGCAUGUUCAGUCUACUAUUCCUACACUUCUUCCUCUAUGGCUGCAACAUAUUUAUGUGGCGCAAAACACGAAUCAAUUACAGCUUCAUCUUUGAGCUGUCCUCGACGAAAGAACUUAAGUACAGAGAUAUAUUUUUGAUCUGUACCUCAUCAAUGACUGCUGUCGUAGGAGCCUUGUUUCUACAUUUGUUUCUUAUAGCAAAGGGAUAUAAUGAACAAAUUCAAGCAAUCCCAGGCCUAGUAUUACUGAUAUUUCUACUGCUGCUGGUGUGCCCUUUUAAUAUUAUCCACAAAUCAAGCCGUUAUCGCCUCCUCUGCGUGAUCAGAAACAUUGUUCUGUCCCCUUUAUACAAGGUUGUCAUGCUGGAUUUUUUCAUGGCUGAUCAACUUUGUAGCCAGGUACCAAUGCUUAGAAACCUCGAGUAUGUCGCGUGUUACUACAUAACUGGAAGCUACAAGACUCAGGACUAUGGACUUUGUAUGAGGAACAAAAACUAUAGGGACUUGGCUUAUGCAGUUUCUUUCCUCCCUUAUUACUGGAGAGCUAUGCAGUGCGCGCGAAGAUGGUUCGAUGAAGGACACAAAAGCCAUCUUGUGAACCUAGGAAAAUAUGUAUCUGCAAUGUUGGCAGCUGGAGCCAAAGUAGCUUAUGAGAAAGAAAGGAGCUUUGGAUGGCUUUGCCUAUUAGUAACAAUGUCAAGUGCUGCAACAGUGUAUCAAUUAUACUGGGAUUUUGUAAAAGACUGGGGCUUACUGCAAUUCAAUUCCAAGAAUCCAUGGCUAAGAGAUGAACUAAUUCUUCGUCGAAAGUUCAUUUACUACUUCUCCAUGGGAUUGAAUCUGGUUCUUCGGUUAGCUUGGUUACAAACAGUUUUCCACUACAGUUUUGGAAAUGUAGAUUAUAGAGUUACAGGGCUAUUUUUAGCAGCCCUUGAAGUUGUUAGAAGAGGUCACUGGAAUUUUUACAGAUUGGAGAAUGAGCAUCUAAAUAAUGCAGGCAAAUUUAGAGCUGUUAAAACAGUUCCACUUCCAUUCCAUGAGGUGGAUGAUCAAGAUUGAUUGAUGAUCCCCCAUUGUAGCCAUAGUUGGAUUGAGAAUACUGAAUUAUGGAAUAGUAUUAUUUGGGUAUAUAUCCAAUUUAUCCAGUCUCAGCAAAAUUUGCUUGGGAAUGGAAUUUUUCUUAUUAAUUGACAAGUUGAUGUUCCAAGAAGUCAACUACUUUUGUCUUGUUCUUGUUUUCCUUCCUUUUUUCUACUACUCUUGAAAUAUAUUCAGGAAAUAAUUUUAACAUUUGCUAGCUAUAUAAACAAAACUGAAUUGCAAC